AUGUAUGUUAAUGUGUGUAUUGUCAUCCCUGUGGAUCGAAUGAGAUUUCAACAUGAAGGUUUAAACAGACCAGAUUAUGUAUGGAAUUUAGUGAAUACUCCUCGUCUUGAAAAAUAUGUAAAUGUCUUCAGCGAAGAACGGAAGAAAAGUAUCCUGAUAUAUUUUAUUAAGAUGUUUAAAGAAAAAGUAAUACAAAAAUAUCCAUUGCUUGUAAAAGGUGCCAUUCAUGGUGAUUUUAAUGGGUUCAACAUUCUUGUUGCUCCAAAAGUAGUGAACAGCAGCAUUGUAACUGGAGCUGGAAAAUCAGGAAGCUGCACUUAUGAAAUAUGUGGUAUAUUAGAUUUUGGUGAUGUCCAUUAUAAUUAUUACGUUUUUGAUGCUGCCAUUGCAAUCACGUACACAAUGUUGCAGAGCCAGGAUCCUAUCACUGCUGGUGGUCACGUGCUUGCUGGAUACCUGUCAACAUUUCCUAUAUCUGAGCUUGAGUUGGAUAAAUUGAUAGGUGCCAUUCAUGGUGAUUUUAAUGAGUUCAACAUUCUUGUUGCUCCAAAAGAAGUGAACAGUAACAUUGUAACUGGAAAAUCAGGAAGCUACACUUAUGAAAUAUGUGGUAUAUUAGAUUUUGGUGAUGUCCAAUAUAAUUAUUACGUCUUUGAUGCUGCCAUUGCAAUCAUGUACACAAUGUUACAGAGCCAGGAUCCUAUCACUGCUGGUGGUCACGUGCUUGCUGGAUACCUGUCAACAUUUCCUUUAUCUGAGCUUGAGUUGGAUAAUGCUGCUAACCAAGUAACGUUUCUCUUUGGUGACGUAUGGUUUUCACAGGGGAACAGUGGGAUGGAUCUAAUUAAUAAUCUCAGCAAAGGAUUGGGCACUGGAUUGCAGGAAAAUCAAUCGACAAUUAAGAAUAUCGUGAUUGCAAUUAGUACCGUGGGUGGUGGCCAGGUAUUUCACAACAAAGUGUUUGUCUGUCCGUGCACCAACAGAGUUAUCUACGGAUUGACGUACAUGUUUGCUCCCGCCGUCAUAUUGCUGUGCCUUGGUGUUCUGAUAAACAAUACGACCUGGAGACUAGUCACCGGAUGUUGCCGAAUUCACUCCGUGAAAGACAAAUGGCAAAAAGGCCGCCGUGUGGGUCAAAUUGUUGUAAAAGCUUGCCUGGCACCAUCUGCGUGGAUAUUUAUCUCAUUAUUAAAAGGAGAGUUCUACGGAUGCGGUCAAUCCACUGUACCCUGUCAGAAUGCAAAUGAUAAAGUAGUUGUGUCCAAUGAAGAUAAAGCUAUCUCUCAAAUGUUUGGAUGGAUACUCGCCGUAGUGGGCGUUUUAAUAAUAAUACUCACUUACUGUCUUAGUCGAAGUUUUGGUCGAUUCACCUAUGCACAAAGACAAUAUGCAAUGUUUUAUAGUGCGGCGGAAAAGCAACUGUUUGAAAUAAAAGCAAAGGAGCUUGCAAAGAAAGAAGCCGACAUAAAUACUGAGAAAUUUUUUGAUCAACAAGUCAUUGCUCCAGCCCCCCUGCUGACCAAUGAUGAAUGGCGGGAUAUGCAGAAUGCCUGGGAUACCGUCACUGUUAUUGGUUCAUGCCGUGGUGGAGGACGAGGCUACACUCCCCUCUAUCACUGGGCGAAAUUUGGUUCUGACGGCGAGUGCGUUGAGCCGGCAAGCACGCUAUCGUCAACGUCGUUGAAAGGUGAAACAGUCGAAUUAUUAAAAUCGGAAUGUCACAAUGUGCCCGUUUACGAUUCUACCAAGCGUUAGUAGUUAGACGAGGGACAUUCUAGUCAUCUGUCCACUCAUAAUUUAAAUGCCACACCAAACAAUGCGAGUAUGUUUUGUGGGUAUUUACCAUGAAUCAAUAUUUUAUGAUAUACAUUAUUUUGAUUUCGCCGAUAAACAAGCGCUCUGUGUAAACAUACAAUUAGUGUCUCAUAAACGCACUUAUUUCGGAGAUAUAAUUUUGUUUUGUGAAAUGCAUUGUCAAGUUUCAACUAUGUGAAAGCCGAAAUUGCACUACUAAAUUUAGUUCCAAAAGCAGUCAAUAAAAUUUGGACAUAGUUGCAUUAUACUUCAGCAGAUUUUGCAUAGAAAGGAAAGCAGAAGGCAAUUGUUUAAACUGAUCAUUUCCUCAAAUUAUCACAUCCCACACUGUCACUCGAUAAGAGAAUUGAAUAUCUUUUUAAUUCACCGUACAUUGUUUAUUAAUACAGAGCGUAAUCAUGGUAAUAUAACUAUGACAUACAUACACAAACAACUUAAAGACAGGAAGGUACUUACCAUAUAUAAUUGACUACAAUCUUACACAAUAUGCUAUCAAAUAUGUUGCCGCCCUGCGGACCAUAAUUUGGAAAUUGUUUGAAUUGAUAUUCCAUUAGCAGUUCAUUUGACAAAUACUAUAUGCCAUCUUAUGAGUCCGUGAUAUGUAAUGUUGUGAGUAUUCGUCGUUAAACCCUUCUGCCAUCUUUGUGCUAAUUAAAAGUAACCAGCGACCCUUACCAUAGAACAUUGUAAUAACUGAAUUCAUAUCAUUGAACAAGGAUAUUUUAUCCGGCUGGACUACGAUUACCUCCUACCAUUGUUUAUCUAGUGAAAUAUCUGCAUGAUCAUUUCUUUGUACAUACAAUCGUAGUGUAACAAUGUAAUAUACUAAUAUACUUUCAAA